AUGCUGAGACUCGCUUCACCCUCGCUCUCCGCACCCGCGCCCGCGCCGCCGGCGGCGCUGGCGCCGUCUAAGCGUGCGUCGCCGGCGCCCGACGCCGGCCUGGCCGCCUCGACGCGCCAGUGGCUCGCCAGCCUCGAUGCCGCCUCGGCGCCGCCCGACAACUCAUGGCUCGCUGAAGCACUGCGCGAGCAGCCACACAUACCCGACGCUGCCUCGCAGCGCAUCGACGACGACUCUUCCCAGCGCCUUGCCUCUGCCGCCUCGCAACAGCCCGACAGCCAACGCACGCUCCGUGCCGCCUCGCCGCCGCCGGCAGCGCUGUACGAGCAGCUCUUGCGCUUCGCCGAUCUUCCUGCACCUGCAGACGGCGCCGCGGCGCCGCGAUACUUUCUUGCGCCGUCCGUCGAUGCCGCGCUGCCGGCCGAUGGCGACGUCUCCAUGAACGCAUGGACCGACGACGGCAAUACUUUCUCUGACGCAGCCACAAAGCCUUCGCCCUUCAACUCCUUCAUGCCGCCGCCGGCGUUGGUGCAUCGCAGCUCCUCGGGCGAUGCAUCCGCCUCCUUCUCCUCCUCCGGCUACUCCUUCGACGGCACGACGAUCUCACCCGCGCUCGCUUCGGCCUUCACCUACUUCGACGAUGCCUCCAGCACGUCGCCCGCCACGUUCUCCUCCACGUCCAUCUCUCCCGCUCUCACGACCGCCUUUUCAUCAUUCGGCGGUGCCAGCUCCGUGUACGAUGCCAGUCCGGCAGUGCUCGACGAUCCACAUCUCGAUGCCGAGUUGGCAGCACUGUGUCGUAUGCCGCUCUUCACGCCCUCGCUCGCAAGUGCAAGCUGCGCCUCGCUGCCCGCUCGCAUCGCAGCGGCCACACCGACCGUCCCUUCCCCUCCGGCCACAGCAGCGCCGGCGCCGCGCAAGCGUCGUCUCUCGCACGAUGCGCCGCUCGUCUCCAAGUCCAAGCCUUUACUUCCACUCUCCGCUCCGAUCCAACCACGCAAGUACCGCGCACCUUCCUCCACCUCUCGUCUCGAUGCCUUUCCCACCUCGCCCUCCGGCUCCGUCGCGCCGACCGCAGGCGGCAGCAACGACGAUGCGCGGCGCCGCGCCAACACGCUGGCGGCGCGCCGCAGCCGGCUGCGCAAGAAUGCAGAGCGCGAAGAGCUGCUCAGCCAGAUUGAGGAGCUCAGGAAUGAAGUCGAGACGUGGAAGCGCCGCUGCCUGCGCGCCGAGGGCGCACGCGAUGCGCGCAUGGCCGCUGCUGCCGAGGCCAACGCCAUGGACUCGUGAGGCAGCUGCACGCAAGCCUCCGUCUCACCACGUCUUGCUCCCUCCCGCACACUUCUCUCUCUCCAUUCCAAGUCUCGUUUCAUUCCCUCUGUCGAAUCCAAUGACGCUCGUUCCUCUCCCUGUCUCUGUGUGAUUAUGAUAGGCUUCAUUGCGUGAUGCGUGCU